GUCUUUAUAUAGUGGUGGUUACCGCUCCCUGCAGCCAAGCCUGACAGUAAUCCUAGGAACUCCUUGUUCGCCCCCAGCAGGCUCAGGCCCACGAUCGACCCACUGACACCUGAUACAAUGACCUUAGGCCUGAGCCACACAAAGAGAUCAAUUAAUCAAUGAAUGAAUCAUAGCCAUGGAACAUACACCCAUACACUAUGCAUAGUUGUACUGUACAGGAUGCAGCCUAUGUGUACAGUGUGUGUGUUGUGUGACUGUUAGCUAUGGAAUAGAGAGAGUGAAGUUGUAUUCCUUCCUAAACUGUCUCAGUCAGUGUCCUUCUCUUAACAUCUUAAUCCACUGGAGCGCUCUAACUCGGUGUGCCUAUGUGACUUCCCUUGUCAACUCAUGUUCCCGCUAAGGUGCCUCAUGAGGCAAACAUACCCUCCUCCUGUAAGGGUUGAGUAGACGCUAUGUUUUUCAGCCGGGACUACUUGCUAGGUCCCAGCAGUGGUGGAAACUGGACUGAAGUGAAUUGAUUCAUGGGGGAUUAGAGAUUAAGAUUUCCCCUCCCGCUCGGAUGGGCUUUAGUGGAGUAAAUCUGGGGAUUAUGAUGUCAGAGGCCCAUGGUUGUCAGAGAGGAAAUUUAAUUGUCAGAGGAGUGCUGAUGGCCAGGAUUAUGGCACAGCCAGUGAGGAGAUGUGGGAAUGGGAAGCCUUGUCUGUGCCAUAACCCUGUACAGUGAAACCUUCAGGAAAGAACAUCAACCACUAUUGGAGUUUGGGAGUUGGUGGUCCAUGGCGCUGAGUGGAUUGUUCAGAUGCUUAGUCAGUGAGAGAGAGAGAGUUGUAUUAUCUUCUGCCUGCCCUUAAUGCAUCCUUGUCAAGUGGUAAGUAGUCUUGAUUGUGAUUGUUAUCUAAGUAAUGUAUGUACUGUAAUUCAGCAUUUUAGCUCAAUAAUGCUCUAAAAUGACAUAUGCCACAUUAUCAAACCCCUCAUUCCUGUUGAUCUCUUAGCAUUCUAGAGGCCCAUCCCUAAUCGUGUGUGUGUGUGUGUGCGCGCGCGCGCGUGUUUCAGCCUGCCCCUGCUGCUGCUAUUGAGGGGCUCACCAAGACCAAGAAGAUGAAGGUGAAAUGGACUCAGCUGGGCAUGGUGUUCUUCCUGUUGCUCUCCCUGGUCAUGACAGGAUGUUUCCUCUGGCAGUACCAGCUGCCAAAGUUACUGCCAGGUAAGGCUCACUCCCUGCAUUCAACCUUGUCCAUGAAAACAUUAGUACCAAACUGAAAAUAAUGACAGGACAUGAAGCAAUUCAACAUACUAUGCAGUGAACAGCAUCAAUUCACUCUAAACAUUUCAGCCUGUUAAUCUCUUGUGGUUUUGUUACAUUGUGUCUGAGGUAAAUGGGUUAAGACUACUCAGAGCUUAUAAUUACUGGUAACAGUAUCUUUACAUGUAAUCUCUCGUGGACAGAUCUACAUAAACAUAACUGGUACCAUAGAAUCUGUCGGGAAGGAAUGGGAUGUGUAGGAUAAGAUAUUUCACACGUAACUUGCAAAGAGAGAGGGUGGAGCUCCUCAAUCCGGUUCUGUUCCUCUUUCUAGCAUCUCUUCAUCUCUUCUAUUAACACGCAUGGAUCCAGAACUUCAUUGAGCAAUAGGAGAUUUUGCACACAAAGAAAGCUCUAGAAAUGAGGUAGAAAGUCAAUUUGUUUUAGGGAAAUAGAGAAAAGUUCCAACACAUGGCAGUUCUCCCUUCAGAAUGGAUUUAUUUGCCUGGGAGCCACAUGAGGAAACAUUGAAGUGCUUCCCAGCAAGUCAUUGCCAGUUGUCUGAGGUGUGAUUGUGAAAUCCUAUUAGCUGUUUUCUGUGGGUGGUCAAUGGAUUAGAAUGCUAAAGACAGACAGUGCUUGUAAUAGGGAUUUUCAGGUGAAUAAAAGAGAAGAGCAGUCGUGGAUGAAGUCAAUCAAAAUCAUUCUGGUUUGAUACAAGUUGCAACAGGGAGACAACAUCCAACAUUAGAUCACAGAAAAAUGUCUAACUGGCCUCCACUAUCGGCAGACAACUGUUCUGUCAACAAGGUCACUAAAUCUUCUUAAAGACUCCAACUCAGACAUUGGGCUUAGCCACUGUCGGCAGAGAUUACAAGAAAGUAUAACAUCAGCACUUAAACGGGUCAAAGGUCAAAGUAAAAUGAUCAUCAGUAGUCAGUUAUAACAGAUAAUUAUAGACUAACAGGAGAAAAUUACCUAACCAAACAUGGCAUUAACACUAUGUUAGCAUGGGGUUUUAACAGGGUACUUAAAAUAAAUGGUUAACUCUGGUUUCCCCAAAUGAGGGGAAUGCCUCUGUCAGCAUCUCUCCGCUCAUGUAAUUUUUUUUAUUACAUACUAUUCAUAAUCAACGUUACAGUAGAUAACAAAAUCAAAUACAGGAAAUAAUUCAUCAAAUAAUUUCCCACAACAGUGCUCACAGUGAAGCAACCUACUGUAGUGCUGAAAGUGUUUUUAAAUUGUCCACCUAUUUCUGACUACAGUGAGAGAUGCUACUGUACUUUCCCCUUAAGUUCUUAUUUGCUAAAUGUUUCUGUUGCAACCAUUUGAGAAAUUAAAUAUUAUAGGGAAAUAUAAACUGUAGUCAAUGGUUUUAUUUUCCAAAUUUAGUAGUCAUCUUUACCCAUAGGCUUUAAUAAUAACAAUAAUAUGCCAUUUAGCAGACUUACAGUCAUGUGUGCAUACAUUUUUACGUAUGGGUGGUCCUGGGGAUCGAACCCACUACCCUGGCGUUACAAGCGCCAUGCUCUACCAAUUGAGCUACAGAGGCUUUAGUUGCAUUCCUUAACUGAAGUGCUGCUUCUUACACAUUUAUUAUUUUCUGUAGCACACCAUGCCUGUAUGAUCUGAUAAUGGAUCUGAAUUCAUGAACAUAAGGUGUGCCUAUGGGCCUAUUUACUAUAGUAACUCUAGGAACUAUACAGGCUAGAUCUAAUCCUGUGUAGUUAGUUAAAUUAAAGUCUCCUUUAACUGCUCAUUCAAAAUUCACAGUGCGUUCAGAAUGAAUCACCUUUAUGACUGUAUGUGUUUGUGUGCAAAUUGGAUCGUUUGUGGUAGCCUACAGACAUGGGAACUCAGGUGAUUAAUGAAGUCCUGUGCAAGUCCAUUAUGGCACAUUGUGUUCGUCUCCUUGUCAUGUCAUACAUAUUACUGCAGCAAUAUCAAGUGUGAAUAUCAAUAAACACCCAACUUCUUUCCCCUUGCUUAAUUUCCCCUUCUUCCUAUAUCUCUCUCUGUCUCUCUGCCAGAUGAAGGCAUGGGAGGCAAUGCCAAAUCAGAACGGAUGUGCCCACGCUUCCCUGAGCCUCUCCCCCUGGAACACCCUAUCCCUACCCUGAAAGAGGCACUGGAGAAGGUAAGAGCUCCCUUGGGCCAUCCAGACUAUGCACAUUCUGCUCAUGUCCAACUAAGAACAGGGAACAUGUGUUAGUGAUAAUGCUUUAUAACAAUUGCCUGGACACACUCCCCCAGAGGGGAUGUAUUACCAUGCAGAUAAAUAUGUUUGAUAAAGAAAGUAUGUUUGAUAAAGAAGCCUCUGGCAACUGAGUUGAACGUGACCCGUUCCUGCAUUAACAUCAUUCAGACAAUGAAGGGCAUUCGACAAAACAGAGAGGAGAGGAGAGCAGUCCUACCAGUCCCAGCACAUAUCCAUACAAGCAGCGGUCUGUUAUGGAUGAGUGUUGAAAUUCCCAUUGGAAUCCUAUUAACAAUGUCCUCAGAAUGACAAAAACACAUUGGAAAUCCUUGUAUCUUUUAUACAGAACCGAAUAUCACUGCAUACAGUAAGACAUAACUGCUUUGGCCCUCGUAAAAACAGAGUGACAUAAAUUUAUAAGAUAGAUUGUCAUUCUAACAGUGUCCAUUGUAUAAAGUCAUUCCAUCUGCCUAUUACCUGUGAGAGUUAAGAAUAAUGACAGUUCAUUCAGCAUCUGCCAAGCCUUGACAGUAAAUGCACCUCCAUCACAACAAAUCAAUUGGAAGCAGGCUAUUUUUGUCCACAGAGUGCCUUCAAGUCUUCAAGACCCAGGGUAACUUUUGAACUUCUUGUUUACUGAAACUACAGCACAACCUUGAGGGAGGGUCUGUGAAUCAAUUUGUUUCUCAGUAAGAACUUCUGUGUUGUACUGUUUACAGCUAUAGUAGUCAAUAUAAAUGCUGAUAAGUGUUAUGUUCUCACUCAGGUGGACACACUGCUGCGCCAUAGUGUCAACCCUGCCAGUCUUCCCUCUUUGUCGGCCAUUGUGAUUUUCAAUGACACCGUUCUGUGGACUGGUAACUUUGGCAAGAGGAACGGAAGUGACCCACUCUCAGCUCCACCCAAUGAGUACACCAUCUAUAGGUAAGGAGCAGCAGAGAUCUCAGGGCUCUUUGGGCCCUCCAGGGUGAUGACCAAGACAGGUCUGUUUAUGACCCAAACCACCAGAUGUUUAAGGUUCCCACAGAGUUCGAAGCUUGUAAUUUUGGUGUCAUGGUCAUUAAUGAUAAGCACCUUUAGCCCUUUCUUAUUAAUUUCUCGAUUUGGGGACAUGCGUGUUAUUCCAUUGUCCGAUUGCAUUAGCUUGCAAUCAGAACGCUAUUACAUUGUAUGACGUACUAUGUGCUCUGAGCAUGUGAAUGUCCUAUCAGUCGCAGCUUUCUUGCUGCUCUUGAUAGAGGGAUUGAUGUCACACGUCAAUUUAGAGUUAGAGUGACCAUUACAAAUAAAAUAAAAUCAAAUCAAAUUUUAUUGGUCACAUGCGCCGAAUACAACAGGUGCAGACAUUACAGUGAAAUGCUUACUUAUAGCCCUUAACCAACAGUGCAUUUAUUUUUAACAACAAAAAAAAAAAGAAAAAAGAAAAGAAAAAAAAGAAAAAAAUAUUUUAAAAAAUAAAAUAAAGUAAAUAUAAAACAACUUUUAUAUACUGUUACCAAAUGAAUUGAGAGCUGUUAAAGUCAUGUGACUUUGCUUUAGUGCUUUACUUAAAGGUAGACUCAGUGAGAUGACGCUGCAACGAACAGCUCCGAAGAUAUUUAAAUGAGUGCGAUGCAAGACUUCGCUCUCACACAGUCACACAGAGUAUCUGUGCAUGUGAACGGGUGCUCUUCACGCUGCUACAAUGUGGUACUUUUUGCAAUGUUAAUUUCCUGUUACUGAUCCUUUAACUUUUGAGGUGGUUGUCAUGGUAAUGGCAGGUCAUGUGCAAAAAAAAUUGAAACUUAAUAUGGAGGUGGUAUAAAUCAGUAGUGCAAAAUAUUUUUCUUGCUGUUUACACAUUAGGGAAAAUAUCAUAUAGGUAUCAGAUAUGCAAAUAAUUGGCAAAAUAUCUAAAUUGGGCUGCCUGUGUAAACAGCCUAUGUGUUUGCUUUGUGCCUGCAAUGUCAUCUCGUUGAGUCUACCUUUAAACCUUUUGUGGUAGAGACAGUGCAUUCGGAAUGUAUUCAGACCCCUUGACUUUUUCCACAUUUCGUUACGUUACAGCCUUUUUCUAAAAUGGAUUAAAUGGUUUUUUUUCCCCCUCAUCAAUCUACACACAGUACCCCAUAAUGACAAAGCAUUGUGUGCAAAUUUAUAAAAAAUAUAAAACUGAAAUAUCACAUUUACAUAAAUAUUCAGACCAUUAACUCAGUACUUUGUUGAAGCACCUUUAGCAGCUAUCACAGCCUCGAGUCUUCUUGGGUAUGAGCUCUGGAGCUCUGUCAGAGUGACCAUCGGGUUCUUGGUCACCUCCCUGACCAAGGACCUUCUCCCCUGAUUGCUCAGUUUGGCCAGGCGGCCAGCUCUAGGAAGAGUCUUGGUGGCUCCAAACUUCUUCCAUUUAAGGAUGAUGGAGGCCACUGUGUUCUUGGGGACCUUCAAUGCUGCAGAAAUGUUUUGAUACCCUUCCCCAGAUCUGUGCCUCAACACAAUCCUGUCUCAGAGCUCUACAGACAAUUCCUUCGACCUCAUGACUUGGUUUUUGCUCUGACAUGCACUGUCAACUGUGGGACCUUAUGUAGACAAGUGUGUGCCCUUCCAAAUAAUGUCCAAAUUGCCAUUUUACAGUAAACAAAUUGACAACAGACUUUCACCAUGCUUAUAGGGAAGGACAUUCAUCAAGCACAGCACUUAUACAAAUGACUGAUGAUUGGCUGAGAGAAAUGUAUUUAAAAAAGAUUGUGGGGUCUGUUUUGUUAGAAUUCAGUGCAGCUUUUGACAUUAUCGAUCAUAGUCUGUUGCUGGAAAAACGUAUGUGUUAUGGCUUUACACCCCCUGUUAUGUUGUGGAUAAAGAGUUACCUGUCUAACGGAACACAGAGGGUGUUCUUUAAUGGAAGCCUCUCCAACAAAAUCCAGGUAGAAUCAGGAAUUCCCCAGGGCAGAUGUCUAGGCCCCUUACUUUUUAAAUCUUUACUAACGAUAUGCCACUGGCUUUGAGUAAAGCCAGUGUGUCUAUGUAUGCAGAUGACUCAACACUAUACACGUCAGCUUCCACAGCGACUGAAAUGACUGCAACACUUACCAAAGAGCUGCAGUUAGUUUCAGAAUGGGUGGCAAGGAAUAAGUUAGUCCUAAAUAUUUAAUGGAGUAUAAAAUGAUGGUGUUGCAAGAAUGUCUGGGGUAUGAGGCAGAGAAAACAAUGUGACAUCAAAAGCCUGAGUGUAGAAAGCUUUGGAGAGUGCAUGUGAAAAUGAAAGGAUGUUACAAUAAGUUAAUCCUCUGAAAAGAAGAAUAGUACUCUAUUAAUUUGUGCAUGCGUGCCAUAGUGUUUGUUAAUUUCAUUAAAAGCUUUUUGCAGGCAUUGGGGGAUUUACAGUAGUAAUACAUACCUGUUUGAUUCCUGCCCUACAGGAUCGCCAGCCUUUCAAAGAUCUUCCCAACGCUGAUGCUAUACAGGCUGUGGGAGGAUGGGAAGAUUGCCUCUCUGGAUGACCCGCUGGAGAAAUAUGUGGAGAACUUCACCAUUAAAAACCCUCUGGGCAAGUCACGGGACUCUGAGCUCAAGUACGUGACAGACGGUCUGAUCUUUCUGGACAGUGGAGAGGUUCAGAUCCGCUCCUCCUCUGUCACCCUGCGCAGGAUGGCCAGCCAGCUCUCAGGUGAGAUACGGACCUCAUCCCCACAUCCCACCUGGGAUUGGAAACCAGGUCAUGCCGACCCAUUACACGACUGUGAGGGGAAACCCGUUGUGUGCCUAAUGUGCUUAGCUACAGUGUUGAACAGUAUCAGAAUAUUAUGACCAAAAUAGCCACUUUAAUGUGAUGUUUAUGAUAUUUUUAAUUGAUUUAAUUCAAAUGCCACCAAACUGCAAACUCUAGUCAGAGCCCUUAAACCUCUAAGCAGGUUUCCAGAUUUCCUUCUGAGGUGGUAAACACCUCUGACAUUACAGAAACUGUUUAGAUUGUCACUGCAUCUGCUUAUCAUCAGAAAUAGAUCAUGUGAAGUGCUGAGGGACGAUGAGUCACACUUAUUGAUGGUUGACACUCUGAAUUGAAAAAAACCUUGGUAAUGGUAUCAUCUACACAAAUAUACAGGCCAAUGUGAAGUGACAUACACCUUCUACAGAAUAGUAUGUAUUUUAAUUAGCAUAUUACACCACAAAAUCCAAGCCUGUUACUUCAAUAUGACACCCUACAAUACCUUGCUUUCAAACAUAGGUUUGAUUUGAUUAUGUCACUUUGAUAAUUGAGGCAUGAAGGUUGAACUCAAUAAUUCAUUGAGGAGAGUAUUUGAUGUUUCAGACCAGACUUUGAUACUGAUGGAUUUCUGCUGUACAUUAAAUGAAAUGAUCAGUGAUAUACACUGCAGAUGACAUGAUAGAAUAAAAGUUGAGGACCCCAUUUCAGUUCAAAUUAUUUGAAAUUGGCGUGAGCUUCAUUUGUCAUACUAGCUAAAUUAAUGUAUUUGCUUUUCUUUAGACGUAAACACUAAACAUUUUGUAUUUUGUCAACUGCAGGUCUACCCAGAAGACUUAGAGCCACUAACCUGCUGUGGAAGGGGAAAACACAGACUGCAGUAAAUCUGCUGCAAGACGAUGUCCUCGUUGCAGACCCUGGCACCAAGUAAGACCUUAGUCAUUCCCAUCGCUCUAAAUCAGAAGAGCAAUAUAGUAAUUCAAAUGUUGUGCGUGUCCUUGUGCCAGUUAACAUUGUCAAUAUUUGCUGUGUGUAAUAUAAUGGAACAUAUUUGCUACACUCAUUUGGAUGUAAAUAGACGGCUCAGGUGUUUAAUUCCAUCACUCCUGUGGGCUGUAUUAACCCUGCAGUCUGCCCUAUCAGAAUGACUUCCCACUCUGCUGCUCUGUGUUUUGCAGAUGCCACUACAGUAACCUAGCCUUCUCCUUAUUGGCCCACGUCAUGGCUGAGAAGGUGGUGGGCAUGGACUACCAGCGCUGGAUCAAUGAUAACAUCCUGGACCGGCUGGGGAUGGAGGAUACAGGCUUCGACAUCACCCCAGGGAUCCACAGCCAGAUGGCUGUGGGCGUCUACUCCAAUGGCCAGCCAGCCCCUUUGUAUGACCUGGGCUGGUACCGCCCCUCAGGCCAGAUGUUCUCCACUGCCGCUGACCUUGCCAAGCUGGCUAUGAUGCUGCUGGGGGCCUACCAUCGCAAGCUCCUGGAGCCCGACACCCUGAAGAUCAUGCUGACCCCUCUGUUCCGCUGUGAUAAGGACUACUUUGCCAACCGCACUGGCACACCAUGGGAGGUGAAUGAGCAGUUGGGCUACGAGGUGGUGCGUAAAGACGGAGACCUAGACGGCUACUCAGCCACCUUCUCACUGGUGCCCAGGCUCAAGCUGGGCCUGGUGGUGCUGAUGGCUGGCACCAGACCUCAAAACCAGGAUGUGUUGGCCAAGGCUUACAGCCACAUAAUACCCGCCAUGGAGAGGGCGUUCCGGGAGUCCAAGAAGAUCCUCAUCCCUCCCCCUAAUCCAGACCCUUACAUAGGCUUCUUCACCUAUGGAAACAUCACCUUCUAUGAGAUCAAAGCUGGGGCAGAUGGGGUUCUGAUCAUGCAGCAGUUUGGACCCCAGAUUGAGGACCUGAUCCCAGAGACAUAUCGGACAAUAAAGCUGAACUACCUGGUGGACAGGGUGUUCAGGGUGGUGUUUGAGAAAGAGUACCCCUGUGUCUUGCGGGUCAGCACCGCCUCUGUCUCUCUUGAGGCCCAAGACGGGCAGCUCUUUAACUUUUAUGUGUUUGACAAGCGGGGUCUGUCCCCUGGCUUCGAUGCACCAGGACUGAAUACAUACAAUGUGGUCCGUAUAGCCCAUAGGCCGACUUUCUCAAACUAACUGAACUCAUACAUGGGAAAGACACAUGAAUGUGCAGGAUGACGGUCCUGUUUGGGUCUGUAGCCUAUAUUUAAUACUGAUAUAUUGAAAGAGCACAUUGCUGGAGGACAGUGAGUGGACAAUACCUUGAUGCAUUGCAAAAGAGGUACACCCAUUGAUGUCAACUCUUGUACAGAACGUUUUCUUUGAUUUCCAUGUCAAAUAAUGGCAUUGUAUAUAUUCAUCCUUUUUAUACAGUUGGUAACCUGACCUUAAACAUAUUAUACUGUACACAUUUAAUUUAUUGUGGCACAGUAAUAGAGGGGUUGGUUGUUUAGCAACAAACCGACGCCCGUGCAACCAUGGGGCAAAACAGACAGGGUUGGACUUGGAUUGUUGACAACAUCUAAACUAUAUUUAGUCUCUUGAAAACAUAAAUACAUUUGCAC